ACACUACCGGUUGAACCAGUGGUAGAACGACCGCUGGCUGAGCGUCUAUCAAUGCAGCACCUGCGACUUCUCAAGCGACAACAACAACAACAACAGAAUCAAUUGAAGUUGUCGCGUGGACAACUGUUCGUCGUAGAAGUAACUUUUUUUUUUACUACGAAUCCAGUCGAAGCAGACGGCCUCUGCUCGUUCGAUACAAAGCAAUUGCUCUGUUUUUCCCAAUAAGCUACAAGUGUUUAGUCAUUCGCUUGAAGAUAGAACCGUUCGUCUAAUCGGGCUCACGUACUUAGCAGGCUCGAGCUGUCUUUUACUUCUGCUCCACCAACUGUUCAGUUCUCACUGCGAGUACUGAGCGAGCAAGUUUCAAAUCACACAUAAUGCCAAGUCUGUAAGCGUGUUUUUCUAACAGUAAAUUGACAAAGGCCGAGUAUCGAACCCCGAACAAGCCAGGGGCAUUGAAUGUGGCUCAAGCAUAUUGCAAUGUUGAACUGGUGUGAAACAGCUAUAGUCACGGUGUUACCUUUCUCUUAAGGAGCAGACAUUUGAUUAUGACGAUUUUGUGAAUUUUCGUGAUCUGUGUGAUAACAGUAAACUACGGAGACGACUUCGAAAGUUCGUUCAAGCAAAUGACAAAUACAACUCAAAGUAAUCUAUGUAACUUGUGCGCGUCUAACAGCCAGAUUAAGUUCGUAUCUCGAUUGGGGUUCCCAUAGUGUUUGCUUCAAAGCGUUCUAGGACAGAUUUUGGCCCUUUACAAUUAAGAAAUCAGAAUGAGUGGAGUGGUGGGAGACCUUUCGCCUGAGCAGGAAAAGAGCCUAGCAGAGUUCCGUGAUCGCUGCGCGGAUGUGUGGCAGGACAGUUUCGAUGACUACUUUGCCUUACGGUGGCUUCGAGCAAGGAACUUCUUAGUUGACAAGGCGGAGUAUAUGCUUCGACGGCACCUUAUUUACCGCGACAAGAUAGACAUGGACAAUAUCACCAAGUGGUACAAGCCACCCGAGGUGCUGGAAAAGUAUACCCCCGGGGGCAUCACUGGUCAUGACCAUGAGGGCUGUCCCGUGUGGGUAUUCUGCGCUGGCGACUUCGACAUGCGUGGAAUGUUAGAAUGCUUGACCCCGAGGGAACUUACGAACCAUAUAAUUUACCUAUUGGAGCUUUGUAAUGAGGAUAUGCAUCAGCAGAGUGUCAAGUUAAAUCGUAAGGUCGAACGUCGCGUCUUUGUGGUGGACUUUUCAACAUUCAGCAUGAAACAGAUUGUUUCAAAGGUGGUCCGCAGGUUCAUCGGGCGAGCAGUAUUCAUCUAUGAGAGUAAUUAUCCAGAAACGCUAAAGAAGGCCUACAUAGUAAAUGCACCUUCGUUCUUUCCGCUUUGUUGGAAAAUCCUGCGACCACUCCUGUCCGAUUGCACCGCGAGUAAAGUCGAGAUUUUUGGAAAAGAUGGCUGGAAAGAAGAGAUUUUUAAGACUAUGGAUAAGGACCAGGUGCCUGCUUAUUUUGGCGGUACACUAGUCGGCCCAACUGGUUGUCCUAAAUGCUCAGAAUGGUUAUCACAGGGGGGACUUAUUCCCGAAAAAUUUUACCGACAAAAUUCAACUCUCAACGCGGAGAACUCGCAGACGAUUCGACUCGCGAAGCGAAGCUCUCAUAAAAUUGAGCUACGAGUUCAACAAGAUGGAAGCAUCAUUAAUUGGACGUUUAAAACAAACGGGCACGAUCUUGGAUACGCUCUCUGCAGAAGGCGCAAUGAUGGCUCGGUGGAGGAAUGUAUACCUUCAACUCGUGUAGACUGCCAUGUCCUCCCGGAAGAGGGCUUCUUCACGUGUACUGCACAGGGGCUCUAUAUCUUCAAGUUUGACAAUACGUACUCGUGGUUCACCGACAAAUUGGUCACAUUCGACGUGAACGUAGCGCUUCCCACUGAUGACUUCCAGAACAUAUGUGACACGAAGAACAUCGAUGAACCGCAAUUGGAGAACAAUACUACUCAGAUGACUCACGGCUAAUGAAUAAGUUCCAAUUGCUCAAAUACCAAACUAUUUGCUGCGCCUAUCUUUCAUGGAUGUUUAUAAGACAGCUCAUACUGGCUGUGGCCCCUGUGCUUUCAAAUUAGGCAUAUAUCCAGAAGGACAUAACGACAAAAUAGCACAUCUUCAAAUCUCUAUUCUAUUCGAUUAUUGAAAAUUACCUUUUCAUGUUUCGGAUUAGUGACGUAGUUAGCCCUACCACGAUUUAGAUACGUUUCUAAAGCUUCGAUGAACAAAAAUUUUCAGGAAAGCAACUACCGUCCAAGGUAAAUAUUGUUGUAGAACUCAGACUUGACUAAAUGCUUAACCAAUACAUUGCACGGAGACUUAAUCACGUCGGUAUCGAAGUAACCCUAAAAGUAUCAAUGAGCCCAGGUAACAGAGAAGCGAAACUUUACAUUAUGCAACAUAUGAUACGUAUAGGCGAUAACCGUGCAAAAGUGUUGUAAUUGUUAUAGUACUUAUGCGAUGUUCCAUUUGUAAGUUGACUGUUGUGGAGACAGCUUAAAUUUGAAUCAAUUUAGUGAAUACCUGGACAGCACUGCGUUAACGUGCGAUGAACAACCGUGGAAUUAAUCGAUAACGCGAUGAUAGUCUGCGUUAAAAGCUAUGGCUUAGCAAAGUACUAAAUACCGCAAUCACCGUGGAACGUUGUUGAUAGAAUAACUGUUCUAUUUGAACGCAACUAAAGCACAUCUUCAUAACGUCCAUACAUUAAAGGGUCCUUAGCCAUUUAUGACAGAGGAGGUUUCACAACCAGUGUAGACCUACGUUCAUUAUGAGGAACAUCAAUCAUAAAUACGUUGAAUACGAAUUUGCCACGGAAGACUCCCCGAUGGGAUACGGCAGUUUACACUAUAUAGCAUAAAGUAUUUUUCACCGAUACGGUUGUUGUCAGAACUAAUUGACCAAGGAAUAUAUACAAAUUAUAACAAAACAAUAAAGGCAUUCAUUAUCUAAACUCGAACAGGACGAUACGAUGAGAGCGUAGAUCGACAACAACAUCGAGGACUUCUCUAUAUCCUGGCUAUUUGAUCAUCACAAAGAUUAUCAACGACGUUACACUUCAAUUGCUCCUUUGUUUCUGAUUGAUUCACAAGCGGAAAAAAGUUAUAGCUUAGAGUUGAGGAAACCUAAGGCUGGCUCAUUUGCUGUCAUUUAAGCCAUCUCGCCAUCUACGACGGAUUGCCAUUUAAACAGGUACCAUCAGUUAUAAAGACUUAAAUACGUCCAUGUUCGUCUUGCUGCAUUCCACCCAAGUUCUUUGAUUUUAAUA